UAAAUUAAUGUGUCCCUAGAAAUAAAUUUAUUCAACAAAACUUUUCAAAGUAGAUUGCCACGAUUUUGCCGCAACAGCUAAAUUAUAUUGUUCCGUGUAAAAUUCACGCGUAAAGAAUAAAUUGUAGAUUAGAAAUUAAAUAUAUAAAAAUGAUUAGAUUUACUUGUUAUAGUCAUCGCCUGAAGAAUUUGCCGGCGUAUAAUAAAUUAAUAUGGAUAGACGAUUAUUACACGCAUGAAGAAAUUACUGAAUAUGUUCGACGUUGCAUUCAACUGCAUGAAAGAAUAAGAGUAUACAUAGAGAUGAUGGAGUCUACAAUCGCAUUGUAUCUCUUCUGCGAUGUUGGAUUAGGAUUUUUGCUUCAAACUUCUUCAUGCAUAAUGAUCGUAAUUCGAAUAGGAUCGCCUGAAAUUAUACAACACAUGUCUCUCAUGCUGAUGCAAAGUUGUCGAUUAUUUUUCAAUAGUUGGGCUGGGCAGCAAGUGACCGAUCAUAGCGCCGAAAUCUCAAUAGCAGCUUAUGAUGGAAUAUGGUAUAACGUGCCCGUAAAGGUGCAAAAGUUACUGUUGUUACUAAUCGUGAGGAGUCAGAGAGUUUCCCAAAUAACAAUCGCAAAUUUGUAUGUCAUUAAUCUACAAGGUUUUAGUAAGGUAAUGAAAACAUCGAUGUCCUAUUGCACGGUAAUGAUCUCGCUGCGCGAAACGUGAAAAAAUCAACAAAUUUCUGAGACAUUUUCCAAUCGCGUACAAUUUUUAGUCUCUUGUAUGCCAAGAACUCAGGUGUUAAUAUAUGUCUAGGGUAUAUCACACCUAAUAAACGUAAAUAUUUGUAUAAAAUAAUAAAUAAAUUAUGCUUGUAUUAAUAUUAUUUAUAUUGCAAUAUUAUUACAAAUACGAUAAAAGUAUUACGAUUUGUAAAUUCACCAUAUUCAGCGUAUAACUGUUGUUUUAUUUUACAAAGGCGAACAUGUUGCACAGAAACUAAAUGUUAUACCAUCGUUGCUUCAUGCGUCGACGAUACGCGGAAUUAAAAUUGCAGGAUCUUGCGUGUCGUCUACGGGUAGCGUCUCGUCUUAUUAUCGAUUCUAUUUAAAUCAUAUAAAGCACAUUACAGUGUAGAUUUCUUUGCCACUGGCACCGCGGACAUCUCAAGGGAAUAUCAAAUGAAUCGUGCAGUUGAAAGGGACUUCAUGUUACUCAAGAAUUCUGCUUCAGCAAGCACGAACCAGCCAAUAGACGUCUUUGACACUCGGUAUCUUCGAAUUAACAAACUCUUACUAUCGUUCAUCGGCUUAUGGCCGAUGCAGUCCAACAGAAAUAUAAUUUUCGUAUGUUGUACGAUACUUGGUGUGCUGAUUAUAACUCUGCCACAGGUAUUUAGCAAAGUAACAUCACAGACAAAAAAAAAUUAUAAGAGAGCAUUAAUUAUAAUUUUUAUACGUGGGGCAAUAAAGAAAAAUCGACUGUGAUUUGGUGACAGCACAAUGUACAUAUACAAUGAAAUGCCACCGAGAAUCAAGUCUUUGAAUAUUAGAUUAAUAAUUGUGCUAGUAGAACAAAUAACAAAAUUCUAUUUACGAUGCUUUUUAAAUAAAAGCUUAUUUAUUAACCGACUUUUGUAGAAAUAAUGCUUUUGAAUCGUUUUGCAACAUUGAAUCGUUUUACACAUUAACGCAACAUUCAUGCCCUUUUCUGAAAAAGUAGGACAUUCUAAAGAUAGAACAAUAAAUGAUCUUUUAUUUAAAAUACAUCGUAGAAGAAGUCUCGUAUUUUGCUCUGCCAUCAAAAUUUUAUAGAUAAUGUUUUCUAAAAAUUAAAAAAAAAA